UACAACGAUAGCAACAUCAGCUGGCAACAUUUGCAUAGCAACUUGACUACAACGAUAGCAACAGCAGCUGGCAACAUUUGCUGCAGCAACAUUUGAGUAGCGCCUUUGCAACUCGAUGUUGUUGCUUUUGCUUGCCUUCAUUAUGAGAUUCGUAGACAUUUCCAAAAUGCAACGGCGUCAACGCUGCACGUCGUGUGCCAGCGCCGGCAUUGAAUGCCCGCGCAACAGCAGCAACAACAACAACAGCAGCUGCAGCAACAACAACAACAACUCAACUGCUGAUGCCAAUGGCAACACGCAGUGCUGGCAACAUGUGGCUAGCGCAAGCAACAGCAGCAGCACCAGCAGCGGCUGUGACAGCAACAGCUCCUCCAAGGAGAACUACUAUGCACCGCAGCAACAGCAGCAAAAGCAGCAACAGCAGCAAUAUUACAACAACAAUGGACUGACGCCACAGCAACUGCAGCAGCUGCGUUACUAUCAAUGCAUGCAACAGCAACAAUUGCAAUUGCUGCAACAGCAAUUGUUGCAGCGUCGUCGAUUGCAGCAGCAGCUGCGCGACCAGGGCGUCAACAUAUGCAAAGCAACAACAACAACAACAACAGCCGGACUCACCUGCAAUCAGCAAUAUUUGAUGCAGCAGAGGCAGCAGCAGCAACAAUAUGUUGCCAAUUGCAACAACAAUAACAACAACAACAACAAUGAGCAGGACAAAUUCUACAAUCUAAACAACAUCAUCAACAACAACAACAACAAUCGUAUUGGCCCAAAUGUGGCUCAAGGUACACAUUUGCGACGUGGUAUGACAGACAUCUCAACAGCGAACGACAUCAGCAAUAUCAGCAACAUCAAGCGCCAUAUCGAACACCCAUUCACCUCGCCACAAAGUUCACCCACAACUCACAAACCAUAUGCCAAAACUAAUACAAAUCAAACGCAAAUCAAUUUGAAUUCACGCUUAGCCCAGCAACAGCAGCAGCAACAGCAACAGCAGCAGCAGCAGCAACAAUCGUCGAGAGUCGGGGGUAAGCAAUACAACGGCAACACGGCUGCAUUCAAUACUAGUUUGGCCAACGCCAGCGGCCCAGGCUCGGCCCCGCAGUCCCCGCAGCACUACCGCAUCCCCCUGAACAGCCCGAACAACUCGCUGUUCACGCUAGCCCAUGCGACGGCCGGCAGGCAGCGAUACAAGCAGCAGCAGCUGAACGACCGCCUGCUGCAGCAGCAGCACCUGCAGCACUGCCAGCAGCAGCAGCAGCAGCAGCAGUGCGAUGAGGAACUGAGCGAGGAGAGCCUCAAGCAGAAUGUGGCCAUCGUCCUGAGCAACUUGGAUCGCUACAACAGCGCGCUGCGCAGCAUCAUACUGAACGAGCAGGUGAACCACAUCAGCAGCAACAGCAGCGACAGCCUCUUCCUGCUCGACAACAUCGCCGAGCCCGACAACAACAACAUCUCAGUGAGGAGCAGCGCCAUGGCAGCCACAAACGUGGCGGCUGUGCUCACGCCCGAGUCGGAUUACAACAGCAAUGCGACUACGCCGGGAUCACAGCAGCAGCAGCAGCAACAGCAACUGCAGCAGCAGCAGCAGCAGCAACUGGGGGUAGGUGGUAUGCUUUGUGGUGGUGGUAACGGUGGUGGUGGUGGUGUCGGUGGUGGUGGCAACAAUCUCAACUGUUCGCUGGCCUCGUCGCAAGACUUUACUCACGACAAUUCCGAUUAUCAGUGGUUCCUCGACUACGGCUAUCGGGAUGGCUGCGGCGGCAUGCAGCGCAGCGUGCUCAGCUCGCUGUCGGCCUCGUACAACGCGAUGGGCGACUUCAUCUACUACGAGGAUCUCAAGAACCUGGACGCCAACCUGGCCGAGGUGGACAUGGAGAGCUUUCGGGCGGAGGACAUACACUCGCUGCUCACCCAGCUGCCCGCCUACUGCAAGAGCUUGGGCGGCGCCAACAGUCGCCUGCAGCAGUCGCUGCUCUACCAGCAGCAGCAGCAGCAGCAACAGCAGCAGCAGCAACAGCAGCAGCAGCAGCAACAACAGCAGCAGCAGCAACAAUUGCAGCUGCAGCUGCAACACAGCAAUAUGAUGAGCAACAUGCAGCACAUGGCACACAACAUGUCGCAGACCUCGACCACAUCCACGAACGAGCUAAUUGACAAUUCAUUCUGCAAGUCGGAGCUGCUCUUCUCGCCCGUCAAAGAGUCGCACAUAUCGGUGGACUCGCUGGACAUGGACGCCUACCCGGACGAGGGCGACAUCAUCUUCACCUGCAACAAGGACAACUACACCAUCGCCUUCGAGGGCAGCGUCCUCUACUCGGACGACAGUUUCUAUGCGGAACCCUGCGACAUCGCCGCCAGAAACAAACAGAACUGCAUCAAUCUGCACAGCAAUCUGGAUGACAUUGUGAAGCGCAACAAGGCCCUGGAGGUAUCCAUGUCACGCUCGGCCCAGUCCUUUCAGCUGCCCUGCAAGUCACCAAAGACGCCGACCAAAGCUCAGCUACAGCGACGCUCGCUUCUUCUUGUCUCGCCCGCGCGCAGGUAUCCCUCGGGCAACAACAACAAUGGCGGAGGAGGAGGAGGGGGAGGCGGAACAGGAGAAACCAUCAUACUCACACGGCAUUUGCCGCAGUGCAGCGUGCGCAAGAGCAACAGUCUGCCAAAUCUGUCCAGCGAGCAGAUGCUGAGCGAGGAUCAGCAGCAGCGGGAGGAGGAGGAGGAGGACAAGCUGGAGUCGGAUCAUUCGGGUCCGCUGAACGUCUCGCAGGCGAUAAGCACCUCGACCAUGGAAUCGUGCUCGACGCGCUCCAGGAACCUGCUGCCCAUGUGCCAGAUGCCGAUCUCCAUCAGUGCGUCCGUCUCGGAGCGGCUGCAGGAGGCGAACGAGCAGCACAAGGAUGGCACGCCCACGCCCACGCCUCAGCAGCAGCUCCAGCACCAGCACCAGCACCAGCAUCAUCAUCAUCAUCAUUCGCAUCAGCAUCGCCACAAGCAUCGCUGCAGCUGCGCGCUGUCCUCCACGCAGGGCAGUCAGAACUUUUGCUCGAAUGCUUCCCAUGGCCACAUCUCUGGCUCUGGCUCGGGCUCGGGCUCGGGCUCCGCCUCGUCGGGCAACUCGAACCCGGCCGCCUUCAAUCUAGUCAAGCUGUUCAUCAAGCAGAAGAGCCACAACAGCAGCAGCAGCAACAGCAACAGCUGCGCCCAGGAGGAGAACCAGGCCUGCGCGCUCACCUGCAUGGACGUCUCCUCGGGCUGCUGGCCGUCGAGCGACGCCGCCGCCUCCAGCUGCAGCAGCGGCUCCCUGGAGAAGCGUCUGCGCAAGAAGAGCAUGCACGACUCGGGCAAGGGCUCGGCCGUGAGUCGCCACGACGAGGAGGACAACUACGAGGAUGCCGACGCCGAUGGCGAUGGCGAUGGCGAUGCGGCGUCCACGCCCAAGCGACAGCUGCGCUCGCGCUGCGAUGCCGUGUUCUAUGACGACGGCGCCAGCUCCAGCUCGACGGGCUCCCUGACGGCCACCAAUUCGCCGGCGCACCGCCGCCGCAGCAUGCCCCUGCGCAAUCCGCAGCUCUAUCAGCUGGCGGCCCACUCACAGACCCAGACCCAGGCGCAGAGCAGGACGCAGGCGCAGACGCAGUGCAGCCAGCAGUCGUCGGAGGCGAGCAACUCGGAGCAGCUGACCGAGGUGCCCGUGCAGGCGGGCGGCAAGCCGAGGCGCGGCUCGAGCAAUCGGCCGUUGUCGUGCGCCUCCAGCUCGGAGAUGAUCACGCGCUCGAUGCAGACCUCCUGCGGCUCCCUCAGCACGACGCACAGCAGCCUGAGCGAGCGGUACCGGUGCGUGCCGCCCUCGUUCCUCGCCAAGCUGCACAACCUGGGCGAGCAGUGCGAGGCGCCCAUCUACGUGAUCUACCCGAACUACGCGCUGCCCGACCUGGGCUUCGUCAAGACCAGCAGCAGCAGCACCGACGUCAUCUUCUCGCCCUUCAACUACAAGAUGACGCUGGACAGCGCCGGCGCCGGCUCCGGCUCCGGUGCCGGCGCAGGUGGCAGCUCGACGGGCUCGCUGGGCCGGAAGCAGCGCAGCAGCCAGAGCGGCAGAGAGAACCAGAACGAGCUGUUCAAGACGCUCGACCUCAAGCACAUCGCCGACUGGCAGUCGCUGGUGACGCUGCUGCCCGCCGAGUACCGGCAGCGGCUGCAACACAUUCCCGAGGUGCGCCAGAUCACGAGCCAGCUGGAGGCGGAGCUCUCGCAGCGCCCACUGUUCUGCAUGUCGCCGCCGAUCCGCCGCAGCCGGCCGAGCAUCUGCGACUGCGCCAAGACCCUGCAGCAGACGCAGCUGGACGAGGCCUCCAGCUCGGGCUCUAGUCAGCCGCCCAGCUCCGGGUAUCGCGGCUCCUCGACGCUGCUCACCGACUCGGAGGCCGAUGCGGAUCCCAUGAAGCAGAUGUAUGUCUACCAGUACGAGCAGCAGCGCAUGGACUCGGGCGCGGAGACGAGUCCUGCCAGCCGGCCGCAGCCGAUGCCGCGCAGCAUCCUGCGCAAGGCGAACUCGGCGCAAAUGCGCACCAAGCGCAAUUCCAUGAUCGAGGCCAAGCAGACGCAGCAGCUGUCGAAGCUGGAGAAGCGGCGCAGCUUGCAGGAGCCGCCGCACAACUACGCCCUCGGCUCCACAGACGAGCUGGCCGAGGUCUUUGAGGAGGAGGAGCAGCAGCAGCAGUCGGCAGGGAACCCAACGCAGCCCGCCAAGCAGCGGCUAUCGCGCAAGGAUCUGGACGCACGGGCUCGAGCGGAGAGCUUCCUGGCCUCGCUGCCUCGCUCGGAGCUGAAGUAUUACGCGGAGAUUGCGGCGAUUCUAGAGUCUUCCGGUGGCCAGGUGCAGUACGACGCGGCGGCCCUCAAGAAGGAGGUGAGCCGCGUGCUCAGCCAGCAGAAGAAGGUCUCCUUCAACGACGGCGCCAACUGCGAGGCCGAGUUGCAGCAGCACCAGCAGGGGCAGCAAGGGCAGGCCAAGCGCUUUACGACGCCACCGAAUUCGCCCAACAUUUCCAUAGCUGCGCUGCAGCGGCGCGAGACGCUGGACGUGCAGGAGCAGCGCAAGAUCGAGAGCAACCGCUUCAAGCGCCUGCAGAUCCAGUGGGAGCUCAUGAGCAAGGACUCGAGCAUGCUCAAGGAGCUGGCCAACGAGCAGGCCACCAAGAGCGGAGGAUCCACGCCUACCUCGACGACCUCAGCCAACUCCAACUCGGCGCAGAAGUCGCGCAUCCCACGGCCGGUCAGCUAUCCGGCGGGCAGAAGUCCGAGGCCCAGCGCCGCCUCGCCUGCGGCUGCGGCUGUCGGCCAGACUAAACGAAAUUCGCCAGCUAAUGUUAUCUCCCCACAAAUCUGCAGAGUCAGCGCCGUGCACGACGCGGCCAGCAGCGGCAAGUGCAACACCCGAUCUCCCAGCCGCAUUGUGCAGCCGAAGCGGUACAGCCUGGCCACCACGCCCACUUCCUCAGCAGCGCCCACGGCUGGACGAGCGCGCACACCCACGACACGCGGCGGCGUCGCCCCAGCGGCGACCACGCCCAGUACACCCAAGCGUCAAGUAGCUGCAGCAACGUCCAGACCCACAUCGCGAGUACGUUAACAAAGGAAGCGCUAGAUGGAAGCCAAGCGACCUUCACGAAACAAGGGCGUGGAGCGCGUUUAACAAUAUCCAAAACCAACUCAA